AUGCAUUACUCGUGCUCCAUCACUGGAGCUCUAUCGACGAUUAAUCCUCUAGCUAGCUAAUUAAGAGAUCGAAUAUAUUACACAUAUACUAAUAUAGAUAAUUAAUUAAAUGGAGAUGAAGCCAUUAGUAGUAGCGCUGUUGGCUGUGGUGGUGGCAGCAAUGGCGGUGGCGGCCGUGCAGGACGACGACGACGACGUCCCAUUCACCGACAAGGAUCUGGAGUCGGAGGAGAGCAUGUGGAGCCUCUACCAGAGGUGGAGCCGCGUGCACGGCUUGACAUCGCGGGACCUGGCCGAGAAGCAGGGCAGGUUCGAGGCGUUCAAGGCGAACGCCAGGCACGUCAACGAGUUCAACAAGAAGGAGGGCAUGACCUACAAGCUCGCCCUCAACAGGUUCGCCGACAUGACGCUCCAGGAGUUCGUCGCCAAGUAUGCCGGCGCCAAGGUGGAUGCCGCCGCCGCCGCCUUGGCUUCCGUUGCGGAGGUCGAGGAAGAGGAGCUUGUCGUCGGCGAUGUGCCCGCCUCGUGGGAUUGGAGAGAGCAUGGAGCUGUGACUGCCGUCAAGGACCAAGACGGUUGCGGGAGCUGCUGGGCCUUCUCGGCGGUGGGCGCGGUGGAGAGCAUCAACGCAAUCGCGACGGGGAACCUCCUGACGCUGUCGGAGCAGCAGGUGCUCGACUGCUCCGGCGACGGCGACUGCAACGGCGGCUGGCCCAACCUGGUUCUGUCAGGUUACGCCGUGGAACAGGGGAUCGCCCUGGACAAUAUUGGCGACCCAGCCUACUACCCGCCCUACGUGGCCAAGAAGAUGGCCUGCAGGACGGUCGCCGGGAAGCCUGUCGUGAAGACGGACGGCACACUCCAGGUGGCUUCCAGCGAGACUGCCCUCAAACAGAGCGUGUACGGGCAGCCCGUCUCCGUGCUCAUCGAAGCCGACACCAACUUCCAGCUGUACAAAUCGGGUGUGUACAGUGGACCGUGCGGGACAAGAAUAAACCAUGCCGUGUUGGCGGUAGGGUAUGGUGUGACACUGAACAACACUAAGUAUUGGAUCGUCAAGAACUCGUGGAACACAACCUGGGGCGAGAGUGGUUACAUCCGGAUGAAGCGUGAUGUGGGUGGCAAUAAGGGGCUGUGUGGCAUUGCCAUGUACGGCAUUUACCCCACCAAAACCAAGACCAGCACUUUCUCUGCCGCCGCCAGAGCCGCCUCUGUUAUUGCUGAUGCUGCUUUAUACUAAGCCUCUGCUAUUAAGCUAGCCCAUGCACUGUACAUACAAAUAGUCGGUUAAUUACUCGUUAUAUGUAUAGUUUAAAUGAUACUAAAUGUGUGUAAUUAAAUAAAUAAAGGAAUAUACUGCAGCAUGUGUGUGCACGCAUAGUUACGUAAUAAGUAGAUCGUACAUAAAUAAAUAAAGUGUGUGUGUUUACAUG